AUGGGGAAGUGCGAGAUGAGUACCGCGGGCGUAGGCACACCGACUAGACGGACGUCCGCGCGUCCCUUUUUCUGCACAUGCAUACUUGCAAGCAUACACACGUACAGACAGACAUGGACGAAACUUCAUUUGCUCGCGGCCUCCAUACGCUCGGCUAUCGCCAGUGUAGGCACCAUUUCACACGUGUUUGGCUCCGACUUGAUCCUGUUGAUUGGGUGCACUCUUCUAUUGCAUUAUUUUGUGUUUGAAUUCAUGAUUAAGGGCAGUUUCUUCCAAGUCAGCCGAGAGAGUGGUUGCUUCCUGUGGUUCUGCUGCCAGUCCACAGAUUGCAGGGGAUACAACCGAUUAUAG